CAAGUGGUUCAUUUUUUUUUUUUGGUUACUUUUUAGUUUUUUCUCAGAAUGUAGCAUUUCUGGUUUUGUAUAUGUGGACAAAAAUGUGAACUCACCUGAUUAAAGUACAAAAGAUUACUUUUACAUUCUUUUAUUGUAAAUUACCUUUACCGAACUACGUUAACUAAACUAAUAAGACUUCGAUUAUCACAUUAACUUAAUAAGUUUCAUCGUGUAGUGUUUAAAAUUUUUAAAUUCAAAUUCUUUCAACGUGUCUCGUUCCAGCCGUAAUCUGGAUUGUCUAGUACAUAGAUUAUUGCAAUAAAUUCUUCGCUGAGUUUGAUAGCGUUUUUUUCUUCGAUUCAAAUUAUUAUUGUAAUGACGUCUAAUGUCAAAACAGAAAAUAAUAAUGAACGGGGUAUGAAGCCAUCACAAUUGUUUAACGUUAUAAUUAACGAUUCCAAUGGUAAUAAAAAAAACCAAACCAUGGCGACAAUUUCGUCAAUGUCAAAAUCAAUGAAACGAGCAUUGGAAUCUGAAACCACAAUAAUUCCUAUAUAUACAAAUUCCAAUUUCAAGCAAGUCAAGUUAGAAAAUGGACAUUCCAAACGCAAGGAUUUAUUUACAGCAAAUGAUUUUCCAAUCAAAUUGCCAGCUACACUAUUAGCUGAGUGUACCAUAGAAAUUGCAAAUAAACCUAACAAAAAUUCUAUACAUCACAAUGAAAAAAGUUUAACUAUUAGAAACCGUAACUUAACAAAUUAUCAAAACAAAUUUGCAGUUGAAAAACAGUUAAAAGCUACAGAGAAUGAAGUACCCGAAGUAGAUAUUCGCGACAUGAUGACAAGCGUUGAAGCUGUUUAUUCCGACGAUGAAGACAUUCCAAAACCUGUAGAACCCUGGAAUUCAGAAACAAAACAACCAGAAAUUCUUUUUCCGUUUUCAUGUGAAUAUUGUCCAAAUAAAUUUAGUAAUCGUGGUGCUCUCUGGCAACACACUGUUGCCUUUCACACUAUUGAAAAAACAUGUGAAUGUAAUUUAUGUGGACGAAAAUUUUAUCGUAAUUGCAGUCUUGCACUACACAUGAAAAGUCACUCAGACGAAUACAACUGUGCUUGUUCUAUUUGUGGUCGCGAAUUCAAUCGAUUUACAUUAUUGCAGAGACAUGCUAAGCUUCACUCAGAGGUGGCUCAAUACAAGUGUACAGCUUGUAACAAGUCAUUUGACGAUCUUAACACAUUGCAAUUGCAUGCAGCUGAACAUAAAGAUAAAUUGGCAUGUGAACAGUGUGAGGCUGUAUUCACCACUAAAGAAUCAUUGGAUAUACAUAUGGAGGCUAUGCAUGGUGAUCAUCAGGAAGAUAUCAUACAAGUCAGGAUGAAUGGAGGCGAAAAAUCAUACGCAUGUCGUUUUUGUGGUAAAACUUAUGGGGCCAAAGCAAUAGUUAAGAAACAUGAACUAAUCCACACUGGUGAACGACUAAAGUGUGAAGAAUGUGGUAUUGAGUUCACACAGAAAUCAUCACUAAUGCGACAUACAAAACGCAUACAUCCAACUGCCAACACAUAGAAUAAAUAAAUAAAAUAAGUACCUUCAAUUCAAUUUUAAUAACAUAAAAAUAUUUUUACAUUUAAAAUAA